CAGUGGCUCCUUCUGCAGAGCUGAUUUGAUUUUGUAAGUUCCGCUCCAAGCCACUCAACUCUCCCUCCGCCUCUGCCUUUUUUUGAUACAUUGAUAUCUCCUUUGAGGCUGCCCCUUCUAAUUCCUCCCACCAGGAUACACAGUGUUGAAAAAUGUCGACGCUUUGGGUGCUGCUAAUCCUCACGAUCCCAUUGUUUUCAACUUCUGCAAAAUCACAACGUGAUGGACCAAGGUUUAAUGCAGAGAAGACCUACAAAUACAGUUAUACCAUGGAGGUACAGUUAGACAGAGGUAGAGGAAUGGACAAAGACAGUGCUGGAUUUAAAAUUGCAUCCAGCAUCAAUGUUGACUUGCUGUGGAGAAACUCAAGCAAUGAAGGCGAUCAGCUUAUCCGAAUUACGAUAACUGACGUCAACUUUGAAAAUGUGAGUGAACGAACAGAUGACAAAAAUAUCUUUAAAGACUCUACAGGAGGAGGGAUUCUGGGAAAGAGCAAUCUGGCAGCUUUGAAGAGCCCAGUCCUCAUCCACUGGAAUAAUGGGAAGGUGAAGACCUUUUAUUCAUUUUCUAACGAACCGGUGAUAAUCCAGAACAUCAAGAGAGGCCUCACCAGCCUGUUCCAAGUACAGCUCACAACGACCAGUCAGACCGAGGUUGACAUCUCUGGGAAGUGCAAAGUGAAUUACCAGGCCCAUGACAACAAGGUGACCAAAGUGAAAUUAUUGGACAGUUGCAAAGGAGUUCAGAGAGGAUUCACCAGUCACAGCAAGGUAUUAGGCGUCAAUACAACAUCAACAUCAGCUAGCAUUUAUCUACUGGAGAAGAAUCUCAUUCGUUCUGUACUGUCUGAGGAACAUAUCCUGGUUUCACUCAAUCUACGGCAAGAAUUGGCAGCCAAAGUUUUAUCAACGCAGAGGCUGGAGUUUCAGUUGACAAAGACUGGACCUAAACAAAUCCAAGCAGAACAAAUUAGCAGUGUUGUUAAUUCUGUGAAUCCUGAAUUUGUGUCCAUCCCUCUGACCUCAGCAGCAGUCAAAGCAACGUGCAAAGGUUGCCCUUCACUUAUUGACUAUUGGAAGACCAUCCGGAAAGAACUGGAGCCUGAGAACCUUGCAAAAGCCUCUGCCACUAGGAGUUUCCUAUUGCUGGUUCAGGCUUUGAGAAAAGCCAAGAAGGAAGAUAUCCUGAAAGUCCUGAGAAGUGAGAAUGACAGCAUACUUCCACAGCUAGUUGAUGCAGUGACCUCAGCUCAGACCACAGCUUCAUUGGCAGCGAUGUUGGAGUUCUUAGAUUUCGGAAAUGACAGCAGCACCAUCUUACAGGAAAGGUUUCUGUACGCUUGUGGCUUUGCUUCUCACCCCACUGAGGAAUUAUUGAAAGCGUUAAUGGAUAAACUUAGUGGAAAUAUCAAGAGCAAUGAUAUCCGAGAAACAACUGUGAUUAUCAUCGGGGCACUCAUCAGAAAAUUCUGCCAGAAAGGACGGUGUGAACUGCCGACUGUGAUCAAAGCGAAAAAAAUGAUUCUUAAUGGUGCAGAAUCAGCAAAAAAGGAAUCUGAAAUUGAGAUGUACAUCUUAUCUUUGAAGAAUUCUCUUCUCCCCGAUGCUAUUCCUAUUUUACUGAAGCACGCAGAGUCUGGAACUGGACCGAUCAGCAAUAUCGCUGUAUCAACUAUCCAGAAGUAUGAACAAGCAUACAUCACAGAGGAGGUAAAAAAGACAAUGAACAGGAUCUACCAUCAGAACCGAAGGAUCCAUGAGAAGACGGUGCGGACAUCUGCUGCUGACAUUAUCUUUAACAAUAACCCAUCAUACAUGGAUGUUAAAAACAUUCUGCUCUCCAUUGGUGAGCUACCAACUGAAAUGAGCAAAUACUUGCUCUCAAAGAUUCAGGAUAUUCUACGCUUUAAACUUCCUGGCAGUGAAAUGGUACGGAAGGUUCUAAAGGAUACUGUUGUCCACAACUAUGACCGUUUCUCCAAGAUUGGCUCCUCAUCAGCCUACUCAGGAUACAUGAAACAGGGGACUGAUUCAUCAUCUACCUACAGCCUGGACAUCCUGUACUCGGGAUCUGGCAUCCUUAGGAAAAGCAACAUGAACAUAUUUAUUUUCAGCCAGGAGACAGAGCUGCAAGCUACCCAGGUUGUGAUUGAAGCCCAGGGUUUAGAGUCUCUUAUAGCCGCAAAGGCCGAUGAGGGUGAGGGCGACCUUGAGUCACUGGCUGGAAUGUCUGCGGUACUGUUUGAUGUCCAGCUUAAGCCAGUCACCUUCUUCCGAGGUUACAGCGACUUAAUGGCUAAGAUGUUCACAGCAACUGGAGAGCCAAUGAAUGUGGUCAAAGGCCUUAUUCUGCUUGUUGAUCAUGCCCAGAACUUCCAGCUGCAGUCUGGACUGAAAGCAACAGUGGAAUUCCAAGGAGGAUUGGCUAUUGAUAUCUCUGGUGGUAUGGAUUUCAGCCUAUGGUACCAGGAGUCUAAAACCACCGUCACCAACAGGGGUGCAGUGGUCAUUGUUGGUAACAUCACGGUGGAUUCUUUGUUCAUUAAGAGUAGUGUUGAGGUGAGUGUGGAAACUGAGGCAGUACUCGAUUUCAUCUCCACUGUGAAGUUCUCUGGAUACCCAUUCCUGGUCUGUAUGCAGAUGGUCAAAGAAGGGUUUCCAUUUCGGCAAUAUGUGACCAAAUAUGAAAGCUUGCCAUCAGGAAAAUCGUAUGUGACUCGGAAAGGAAGGAAAAUGCUGGUGGCUGGAUCGGAAUUCCCUCUCCACCAGGAGAACUCUGUCAUGUGCAAGAAGCUGUUUGAGAAGGAUUCGGACUCAGGGGAGUGGUUCUGAGACCUGGGGAGGGUGUGUGGGGGCUGCUUUAGCACUGACUGCGUGUGGGGAGAGGGGAUGAAGAACUAAAAUUAAACAAAACACUAGAGGGAGCUAACAGCAAGCUCCCCAGAACUAAAUGUCAGAACUGUUAGACAAUUUUAAAUAUGAAGGGAAACAUCCCUGUCUUUUUACAGCGAUUUAAUGUUGAUGUGUCAUUUUGACCUAACCCGGUGAAGGGGGAAUUGAUCACAUCAAGCCUGGUGGUCAUUGUAGGUGUUUAGACAACAUACCAAAGCCCCUCUUCCUUUGAAACUUCAGUCGGAUGUACAUUUGAACCAUACAGUGUGAGACACCAGGUUUUAAACCAAUUUAAUUUUGUUGUCAUAUGGGUUUGGUUAAAAUGAACUUUCUGGAUUCGUUAAGAAGGUCCUCGCAGGAUUCUCCAAUCUUGUCUGUUUGCCAGUGCUCAGUGCUAAAUGUCCUGACCAGCCCCCAGUACAUCCUUCUCAACUAUUCAACCAAUACACACCAGUAACGGGAAGACUGAGCCACCUUAAACUGUACCUGUGUUAAUAUUUAGAAUUAUUUCUCAAUUUGGAUAAAUACACUUCCCAUUUAAGGCUGUGUAUUAACUUAAUGCCUUUGAGAUGUUUACAUUUUUACAUGUAUUUAAAGUUUUUUUAUGAAGUAGUGGGGAACAAACAAAGAAACUACAACUAUAAGUUAAGACACCGCUGAUAUAGACGUCUUUGGAAUUGUGAGGUAGAUACUUUGGGACACGGGGGAAAGAAUGCAGCAUUAAUAGUUGAACAUCUGUGAAAUGACAGGCUUGCGUUUCUGAAGAACAUUGGUUUCAAAAAUCCCAGUUCGCCAAUCGCUUGGCACAUGGAUAGGAAAUGGUGGGAACAGAUCUAUUAUUUCAUACUGAGUAGUCCUUGUGAAUGCCCUCCAUCACCAGCAGGACCCAGUGGGAAUUAGGAUCUAAAGUAGGCCAUUUGGCCCCUUGAAUCUGUUGUACCAUUUGAUAAGAUUUGUUUGUGGCCUCAACUCCGCUCUCACACCUGCCCCUAACCUGGCGCUCACAGCCUUUCGGGAUUCCAGUACGGUUGCCAAUUCUGAUUGGAUGGAUUCCUGGAAAUGUUGUCAAACUGUUCUCUUUUCAGCUCCAGCAAUUGUAGUACCCCUCUCCCAUUACUCACCUUUCAUCACUGGGCUCCUGACUCAUCCUUCCUGAGCACACAUGCAGCCAAUUGGGAAGCAAUGGUCUUUUUCGUGCCCUGAUUGGAUGAUAAUUGCACUCUCAAUAUCUUGUCUGUUUCUAAUGGUUUUUUAACUGAUGAAUACAUGCGUUCAACCACAGAAAUUGGAGAAAAGGAGAAUUAUUUUUGUGUUAUAUACCCCUGUGAUAUUCUUCCAAGGUUUUGUCCAGGAAAUUCAUCUUUAUUUCCUGGACACAUAAGGGCAAUCCUGGGUUGUGUGCAGACUAGACCAUGUGGGAGUAUAAUUAAGGUACAAACCCAGGAUUUGGAAAGUUUAGGCUCAGGUCUUGAUAUUCUGUGUUCUGUCUUCAACAGUCUGCAUCUUUUGGAACUGAAGGAGACAGAUGAUCACAGAUUCAGGCCACUUCUGAAAAUGUUUCUGUAUGUCCCUUGUAUGUGAGAACUGAGUAACAUGUCUGAACAAUAUUGAGGAAUAAAUUUUAAAGUAAAGGAAUAAUGCUGAAAUCACUUGGGCGCUAAAGUUGGGAAUCUAAAACUCCAUACUUUCGCUGAAAACAUUUUGUUUUGUCUCUUAAUGAAAAAGUAUCAAAUGUGAAAAUUAAGACUUCUCAAUGGGGGGAGUGUAGUUAAAUGAGAAGACAUUUACAAUUGAUGAAGACAAGCUGAAAACCUUAAAAUAAUAGCAGGAUUAAAGCAAUAUGCAGGGAGCUUUCCAAAGAAUCUUGGUUUCUUAUGAAGCUUGAUUUUAUGCAUGAUCAAAUUGAAUGGCAGAAUAAGUUCAAGGGGCUGAAUGGCCUCCUCCUGUUUAUAUUAAAAAAAGUUACUGACUUAU